AGCACUCAUUCACGAUUCUUGAUCGUGGUUGCGUCUUCUCCUUCAUGGCCCCCCUGCGUGCACACAUGAACUCAGGUGACCAAGCAGGAGAAUCAAGUGCUAGCUAUUCAGCCCAAGCCCAAGUGGCCUCACAGCCAGCAACGCCUACUUCUUCCCCAGUCACGCCCCACCCACCGAGCCAGCGCCUUCUGAGUCAUACAGACAUGGCUUCUCAGUCAAUAGACCCGGUACCCAUGGUGCCAGCAUUAGCAGAUAUCUACAGCCCCGAGCGCGUCGUCCCGGAAGGUCAAAGAUGGGAUGCGCUGACGUCCAAAUUUGGCGAAGUAUUCGGGCACAAGCCGGGAUACGUUGCUAGAGCGCCAGGCCGGGUAAACAUCAUCGGAGAGCACAUUGACCACAUGGGCUUCGGCGUGCUCCCGGCUGCGCUGGAGAUGGACAUCCUCAUGGCUUUUCGCGUCUCCGCUGCCACCUCGUCCACGGACAAGCUCUCCUUCCACUUGUACAACACUACGCCACGCUUUGAGGCUACUAGCUUCGAAAGCGACGUGAAAGACCCCACAGAGGUGCAAUUGCAGCACGAAGGUGCCUCGAGAUGGGCGAACUACUUCAAGGUGGCCUUCAAGGGACUGCAUCCUCACCUUCCUCCCGCUGUCCUCAGCGCAGCUUCUCGACCAGCUCGCGUAGAGGUUUUGGUAGACGGUACUAUUCCUCCCGAGUCUAGUCUGAGCUCCUCCGCUGCCAUGACAGUUUGCAGCUCCAUCGUUAUCCUAGAAGCGUUCAAGGCGAGAGAGAUCAUUUCUAGGCGAGAAAUGGCAGAAGUGGCCAUAGAGAGCGAACGACUUGUGGGAGUCGCUUCUGGAGGCAUGGACCAGUCAGCAUCCAUCUUUGGCACUCCUGGCAGCGCGCUUCACAUCACGUUCCAUCCGUCCCUAGCAGUCCAAGCUAUCGAACUUCCAAAGUCGAACCCUCCUCAUACUUUCGUCGUAGCGAAUACUUUGAUAGUAAGCGACAAGAAGGUCUCUGGGCCUGUGCAGUACAAUCUGCGCGUUGGAGAGUUACGGAUGGCAGCUCGAGCUUUGAGUGCUGCUCUCGGCUUGCCCAAGGACGCAAGCACCCAAACGCUUCGCAAGCUGCUGGCCGUGUACUUUGAACACAAUGCCUUACCUGGCCAGGGGGAGAACAAGCUUGUGGACGAGGUUAAGAACAAAUUUGGAGAAGAGGCAGCACAGAUUGCAUUUCUGGGUGCCAAGGCGGACGAGAUCCUCCCCAAGGAGCCCCUAACGAGGGACCAGGUGGAACAAUUGACCGGCUACGCAGGCGCUGCGUUUGACAAGGAGUUCUUGAGCGAGUUUCCGAUCCGAGCGGACACCUUCAAGCUCCACGCCCGCACAAGGCACGUCUUUGCAGAGUCGCUUCGCGUGCUGCAAUUCAAGGCAGCGUGCGUUGCCAGCCCUACGGCAUCUACAUACGAAGAGCUGGGCAAGCUGAUGGAUCAGAGCCAAGAGUCUUUGAUGUCAGACUACGAAAACGGCUGUCCGGAGAUUUUGGACGUUGUGCGCAUAGCAAGAGCGAACGGAUCGCUGGGCAGUCGUGCGACCGGUGCUGGCUGGGGAGGCUCGACGGUACAUCUGGUGCGCCAGGACAAGGUGAACGGGGUGCUCUCUGCUCUACGUGAAGAGUUCUACGCUCAAAGAUUUCCGGAGCUGGGCACAACCCAGGUGAAUCAGAGUCUGCUCGUUAGUCAGCCGGCAGGAGGAGCAUGUGUAUACGCCGUGGAAGCCUAGAGGGGCUCUAUGCAAUCCCACCAACGCCUUUAUACCGGCGGCAUUCAUUCAAGACUCGCGAUCCGGAGACAAAGCGGGAAAGAAUGUAUUGAGAUGGUUGUAGUACAACAAUUAGACGCGAGCGAAACGAGGCCGGCUCUAUGUGGGUAUCGUGUUCGGAACAAGCGCAGCUUGGACAGAGGGCAGUUGCUUAUCGCCAACAAUGCUGGGUCAAGGGAGCGUGAUGAGCAACGUCCAGGCUGCUUGAUGGAAGCGAAGGGGACCAAAAUUGGAUCUGAAUGGGUCGAGGCGACCUUAUCUUUAGGUCACAUGCAUCUCUAAGUGAUGACAGGCGUGGCGAUGACGUGCA